AUGGCAGCGACAAAAGGAUAUGCGUUGCUCUGUCUGGAGAACCCUCUCCUUGACAUCCAAGGUCAAGGAGAUGAAGAAAUGCUGGCCCAAUACGGCUUGAAAGCCAAUGACGCAAUCCUCGCCGAAGAGAAGCACAUGCCCCUCUACGAAGACCUAUUGAACAACCGCAAAGCAGUGCAGAUACCCGGCGGCGCCGCGCAGAACACCGCUCGAGGCGCCCAGUACAUGCUGCCUCCCGAUUCGGUACUCUACAUUGGCGCAGUGGGGAAAGACAAAUAUGCAGACAUCCUGAAAGAAGCGUCGGCGAAGGAGGGCGUCAAGACAGAGUAUCUGGAGGUCGAGAGCGUGCCAACGGGGAAAUGUGGUGUCAUCAUCACAGGCCAUGAUCGAAGCAUGUGCACGCAUCUUGCGGCUGCGAACGAGUACAAAAUUGAUCAUUUGAAGAAGCCGGAGAUAUGGGCGUUGGUGGAAAAGGCCCAGGUGUAUUAUAUUGGUGGCUACCAUUUGACUGUGAGCCCGCCAGCCAUUGAGGCUCUGGGCGAAGAGGCGGCAAAGAACAAUAAGACCUUCGUGCUGAGUCUAAGUGCGCCAUUCAUCCCCACCGUAUUCAAGGAUCAGUUGGCAGCGACCAGCAGGUACUGGGACUAUCUGAUUGGUAACGAGACCGAGGCGAGAUGUUGGGCUGAGGGACAAGGAAAGGAGACGAGGGAUGUGAAGGAGAUUGCAAGAUUGAUAGCAGAACUGCCGAAGGCUAACGGGUCUCGCAAGAGGACUGUGGUCAUCACCCAGGGCACUGAGCCCACCGUCAUUGCUGUGCAGGGAGAGGAUGGAGUGUCGGAGUAUCCCGUGCACCCGAUAGCAAGCAGUGAGAUUUGCGAUACGAACGGUGCAGGGGAUGCAUUCGCAGGUGGUUUCGUUGCUGGCAUCGUUGAAGGGAAGACUUUGAAAGAGUCUGUAGACAUGGGUCAAUGGCUUGCAUCCUUGAGCAUCAGAGAGCUAGGACCUCAGCUUGACUUUCUAUUCCGUGUCGAUGACUGA